AUGAGUUUUAAUAAAAUCGAUUUAUUUUCAAGCUCUUUCAAUUUUAAUAUUGGUGGAUCAAAUAUCUAAAAAGGAACAAUAGCUGGAGCAACUUUUACAAUAAUUAUUUUAGCUUUAACUCUUUCAUACUUUAUUUAUGUAAUUGAGUUAUACUUCAGCAAUAAUAUUGAACCUGUUUAUAGGGCUUAGAAUAUCAUAAAUAAUUAAACACAAUAGAUAGAUUUAAACUAAAAUAUUUACGCAAUUAAGUUUAACUAUCUCUAUCCUCCAAAUGAAAACUUAAAAUAUAUCUUUCCAUCAAUAGUUGGCACAUAUAAAAACGAUACAAACAAAUAGUUUGUAAAUAUUAACACUAAAAAAUGUGAUGACCCAAAUUUAGAUGAAUAGUUUGUAUGCCUUGAUUAAAUUUAGUUUUCAGAUGAUAACCAGAAAAGUGAGAUAUAGAAUUUUGAUUACAAUUACAAGUUAGCUCAAAUAGGCAUAUAUGUUUAAAGUUGUUAAGAUUAAGUAGAAUCGCAAAAAAAAAAUUGUGCUAGCUAAUAGGAAAUAGAUAAAAUAGUAAACGGAAGUGAAAUAGUAUUAAAAAUGUCACUGUCUUAUUUUGAUAUUUAUUAAAAAAAAAUGAAUUAAUCUUAUUAAACUAUUAAUAUUUUAAUUUCUUCAGAUUAAUUAAAAAAAACUAAUAUCAAAUAGUAAAACUAGAAAACUACCAUAAAAGACGGUUUAUUUAUUUAAUAAGAAUCUAAUUUUAUAAUACCUUUUAACUAUAAUAUUGAUAACUAAAGCUUAAAUAGAUAAUUUUUUAAGGAAACACUAGGAUUCGGUGCUUAUAGCUUUGUUAAUUUGGAAAUAGAUUAGAUUUAUUCAUAAAUAUCAAUUCAAUAUCCAACUAUUCCUUCAGUUCUAGCUUUGGUUAACAGUGUAUUUAAUAUGUUAGUCUUUUUAGGUUUCUUUUUGAAGUUUAUAUCAUAAAGUUCUUUGCAGGAAGAUUUCUUUGUAAUUUUGAUAAAGAAUGUUUACUAAGACAUUUAUCAAUAGAUUUAUUAAUCAAAUAACCUAAAAAAGUCAAAUUCUAUUGUAAGCUAAUAAAAUAAAUCAUUUAUUAGCAAUCAAACGUAAAAGAUAUAGGACAAUUAAUUAGCAAAUAUAAAGGGAAAGGAAAAAGAUAAUCAUUAAAAUUCUUCAAAGAGUGAUGAUUAAAAACUAGCUUAAAGCUAAGUUAUUAAAGAAUAAGAAAAUAACAUCUUUGACUAAGAAAAGUUUACACCUUUUCUUUAAUAAAAUUAAUAAAUAUGUAUAAACAUAAUUUAAAAAAGUGAAUCUGAAAUGGGAAGUAAUAAGGAAAAAACAAAAUUUAAAGUUUAAAAUGUAGGGCCUAAAUUAAGCUAUUCUAAUUAAUUAAAAUAAAAAGAUGACAACCAAUCUUUGAUUCUCUCAAAAGAUUGUUUUGAGGAAAGAAAUGACGGUUAAGUAAGCAUCGUUUUAAAUAACUAAAAUUAGCCAAAGUAGGAAUUAAAUAAAAUUUAAAAUAUCAUUCCAAUAAAUCAAAAGCAGCCUAUCAAAUAAAAAGAUUAAGAUGAAUCUAUAAAAAAGCUUAUAUUUGGAUUUAGAAGUAAGGACUUAAAAUCUUAAGUUUUAAAUAAAUAGCGUAAGCAAAAAAUUGAAGAGUAGCUGAUAAAGGAUUUAGAUAUUUUAUAAUUUUACAAAGAUAUAAUGUUUUUAAAGAAAGCAAUUAUGAUGCUCUUAACAUAAGAUCAACUAGCUUCUAUAAAUUUUAUUGGAUAUUCGAGCUAUUUAUUAGAUUUAAAAUAACCAUUCUUAGAAAUUUAGACUGACAAAUUGAGUCAUUUUGAAUAACAAUUUUCUAUUAUAAAUUCAGAUGAUCUACAAAGUUAAUACUUUCAAAAAUUUUUAAGAAAAUGUUAUGAUAAGGAAAAUAUUAAUGAGAUUGAUUAAAGAAUUUUAAACUCUCUUAGUAAAAGCUAUAUUAAUUGA